AUGACCGAGAUGAGCGAGAAGGAGAGCGAGCCGGAUGAGGCGGCCGCCCACGCCGCCCCGGGGACCGGGUCCGCCCUCCCAGAGACCAAGCUCCAGCGGUUCAAGCGCUCGCUGUCCCUCAGGACCAUCCUCCGCAGUAAGAGCGUGGAGAACUUCUUCCUCCGCUCCGGCUCCGGCUCCGAGCUCAAGUGCCCCACCGAGGUGCUGCUGACCCCGCCGACCCCGCUGCCCCCCUCCUCCCCGCCCCGGGCACCCACCGAGAGGGGCCUGCCCCCCCCGGCCCCCUCCCCCUGCCCGGUCCCACGGCCCCUGACAUCUCUCAAGCCGGUGAGGCUGCACAGCUUCCAGGAACACGUCUUCAAGCGAGCCAACCCCUGCGAGCUGUGCCACCAGUUCAUUGUGGGAAACUCCAAGCAGGGCUUGCGCUGUAAGACGUGCAAAGUCAGUGUCCACCUCUGGUGCUCAGAGGAGAUCUCCCACCAGCAAUGCCCGGUCAAGUCGUCUUCCUCCUUCCGUCGCAACUUCAGCUCCCCGCUCCUGGUGCAUGAGCCGCCGCCAGCCUGUGCCACCAGCAGAGAGUCUCCCCCCACCGGUGCCAGCGGGAAGGUGGACCCCGUCUACGAGACCCUACGCUAUGGCACCUCCUUGGCACUGAUGAACCGCUCCAGCUUCAGCAGCGCCUCUGAGUCCCCCACACGGAGCCUGAGCGAGCGGGAGGAGCUGACUGAGGAUGGGGAGAGCAGCAUCCGAAGCUCCGAGGAGGGCCCUGGCGACAACGUGUUCACAGCCCCCGCAGAGAGCGAAGGCUCAGGACCGGAGGAGAAGAGCCCGGGACAGCAGCCCCCCAAGCAGCCGCUGCGGAAAGACGUGGGGCCCAUGUACUCCUAUGUGGCGCUCUACAAGUUCCUGCCCCAGGAGAACAACGACCUGGCUCUGCAGCCCGGAGACCGGAUCAUGCUGGUGGAUGACUCUAACGAGGACUGGUGGAAGGGCAAGAUUGGCGACCGGGUUGGCUUCUUCCCGGCCAACUUUGUGCAGCGGGUGAGGCCGGGCGAGAACGUUUGGCGCUGCUGCCAGCCCUUCACCGGGAACAAAGAGCAGGGCUACCUGAGCCUCAAGGAGAACCAGAUCUGCGUGGGCGUGGGCAGGAGCAAGGAUGCUGACGGCUUCAUCCGCGUCAGCAGCGGCAAGAAGCGGGGCCUGGUGCCAGCCGACGCCCUGACCGAGAUCUGA